GGCCCCUAAAUACAGUCUUCCUCAAGCCCUUGGGUUAUCUUCGCGAGACGUCGGAGCUGAGAAACAUAUGAUUCAGUUGAAUCGAUCCACGGUUUAUUUAAUUUCGAAUUAGAAAUUAUUUUGAUUCGCAAACGUACUAGAAAGAAUGUCGGGUCGAUUGAUGAAAAAGGUUCUGAAAGAACAAGAAGCUGCUCUGCUUCAGCUCAACGGCGGCGAUGAUGAUUCAGAAUCCCCUGUCUCUUCCCCCCCUACCCGAAAUCCUUUCGACCUUCUUGAGGACGAAGACGAAGUUGACGACCGCGACACCACCACCAUUGACCGGCGCUACUCGCAGCAGCAGGCAGAUGGUGAAAUUGCUAUUGAGACUUCAGUUUGUGAUAUUGGUAGCAACAAGCAUUCCUCCACGGAAAAACCUGCUCUUCCCACAGUGUCAACAUUAGAUGUCAAGUCGAAGAAAAAGAAGAAGAAUAAGAAGAAAAUCAAGGAAGAUUUAUUUCCGAAUAUUGAAGAUGAUGUAAAACCUUCCGAUCUUAUGUUAGAAAACUUAACUUUGGGGGCUAGCUCUUCUGGUCAUCAGCGGAUGGCCCAAUAUCCUGCUAAACAAAAGUUGGUGAAUAUAGAUACUGAUGAAGUAAUGCUGAAGAAGCAUUGCGAAUCUUCCAUAUUACAAGUUGAGCCCAAGUUACUUAGUGCAGAAAAUGAGCUGAAAAGGAUAUUUGGUUCUAAAGUAGUGAAAUCAUAUGAAAAAAGUCAAUCAUCUGGACAUUCUAGGCUGAUACGUGGUGGUCGACGAGGUAGUCACAAUCUCAAAAAGACCAUCCUUGUUUCUCCAUCUCAACAUUGGCCACGUUGGGAUGGGUCCUUAGCCAUGGAACUUCUGGAGACUAAAAAUGGCGUCAACUAUUUCAAGUAUGUGCAUUCAUCAUCAUAUGCCCAAGCUCAGAGGGCUUUUGAAAGUGCCAAGGCAAUGCAUGAUCUUAAUGGUAUUGCAAGCAUUCUUUUGAACCAUCCCUAUCACAUAGACUCGCUGAUAACAUUAGCGGACUAUUUCAAAUUAUCGGGCGAACACGAAAUGUCAGCAGAUGCUACUGCAAAGUGUCUGUAUGCUCUGGAAUGUGCAUGGCAUCCACUGUUCACUCCAUCACACAAGUGCCAAUUAAAGUACAUCCAUGACACCAACAGGCCAUUAUUCUCAUCACUUUUUACGCACAUGAAAAACAUGGACAGGCGUGGUUGCCACAGAUCUGCCCUUGAAAUUUGUAAGCUGUUGCUCUCCUUAGAUUCAGAUGAUCCAAUGGGUGCUAUUUUCUGUAUUGACUACUACUCUUUGAGAGCUGAGGAGUAUGCUUGGUUAGAACAGUUUGCAGAAGAAUAUAGCUGUGACAAUUCCCUGUGGCUAUUUCCUAAUAUUUCUUAUUCACUGGCGGUGUGCCGGUUUUACCUUGAACGUGAUGAACAAGUUUUAAUAAACAAGAAAGAAAAGGAUACAGGGAAAGCUGAUUCUGUUGAUCUGAUGAAGCAGGCUUUGAUGCUUCACCCAUCAGUAUUGAGAAAAUUGGUAGCAAAGGUACCUCUGAAAGAUCGGAUGUGGAACAAUGUAGUAAAGCAUAGUCUGUUUAGGGGUGAGGAAAGUGGAAGCCCAUCUCUGGAUCACUUGAUUGCCAUAUACGUUGAGAGGAGUUAUAUAAUAUGGAGGCUACCUGAUCUGCACAAGUUUUUAUAUGAGUCGGCAGUUUUGGUGAUUGAGAAUCUGGAGAAGCAUGCAAGUGAUGUCAAGGACUGGGAUUGCGUAAGGAAAGAAGCUUUCUCAUCAGACAAGAAUGAGUACUCUCAUUUGUUGGUGUCGGAUUUCUCCGAUUCCAUGCCAACAGUGCCACCUGAAAACUUGCAAGAGUUUAUGGUUGGUGGUGGUGGGGUUGAGCACCAUCAACAUAUGCCUGAAAAUAAUAAUAAUAUGCCCAUGCCGCGUGACGUUUCGAACCGGAAUGCGUUAGCUGUUCUGUUCGAGUCUAUGUUACCUUGGAUUAACUAUGGAAGCAGAGAGGAAGAGGAAGAUGAUCUCCCCGACCAAGCCAACCAAGAUUAGAUUCUUAAAUAUUGAUUCAAUCCAAGUUUUCUGUUUUUUAUUUGAGACCUAGAGGUUUGCGUGGCACAUGAAUUGCUCUAAUUAAUAGGUUGCCAAAGUCCUGUUUAAGACAUUGAAAGAAUAAUAAUGUUUGGAUCUUUUUUAAUGUAAUAGCUACUGUGAAAUCAUCGUCAUACUUGAAAUUAAUUUUACACUCAUUAUCAA